UGGGUACACACCAAGUUCUAAUGGAGCACGUAAUUAUUAUAAUGGCAACAGUGCACCUAUAUCAAAAGUUAGUGAUGAUGAUAGAAAUUCCUAUGCUCCAUACAAAGGAUAUUAUCAAAAUAACGAUAAUGUCAAAUCUCAUGAUGAUAACGUAUUUCGACCUCCACAACGUAAAUAUUCAUUAUCACCUUCAUUAUCUUCUGUAGGUUCAAAUACAUCAAAUAAUAUUCCUUCAAGAUAUCAACAAGAUGACAAAAGAUCUAAUAAUUAUUUAUAA